AGAAAGGGUGCGCGACUGAUGGGAGUCUGGAGUCAACGUCUCUCUCAAGCGAAGUGCAACCUGUGUUCUUGAGGCUGUUUACGUUACCUUUGAACUUUUAAAGGCCCGAGGAACAGCGUACUUAAAUGUUUCAAUGGUAUGACAGACUACUCUGUGAAGCAGAUCCCUAAAUGAGCUGUUGCAGGGGAGCAAAACUGUGGCAUACAGCGCAGUCAGAGUUUCUCUGGUGAAUGGAGCUGGGUAAGCAGUGAUGAUGCGUUGUCUGGCAGCCCGGGUUCACUACAAGACCCUGAUAGUGACCUGUGCCCUUCUCUCUCUGCUCACGGUUGUUCUGUGGAACAAGUGCACAAGUGAGAAGGUGCUCCGCUUCCUCCCCCGGCAACCCCAGACCCCUCCCAGCCCUAGAAUAGACAGCCGCCCACAACAACCCCAGCCCCCCGAACCACCACCUGUGGUCGGUGGAGUACGCUAUGAAGAGAUCGACUGCCUUAUCAAUGAGGAUGCCACCAUUAAGGGCCGUCGAGAGGGUAGUGAGGUGUACCUGCCUUUCAGCUGGAUGGAGAAGUACUUUGAGGUAUACGGGAAGGUGGUACAGUACGAUGGCUACGAUCGAUUUGAGUUUUCUCACAGUUACUCCAAAGUAUAUGCCCAGAGAGAACCUUACCACCCCAAAGGAGUCUUCAUGUCCUUUGAGGGGUAUAACGUGGAGGUGCGUGACAGAGUCAAGUGCAUCAGUGGAGUGGAAGGAGUACCGUUGUCCACCCAGUGGGGUCCUCAAGGGUAUUUCUAUGCUAUUCAGAUAGCUCAGUAUGGCCUGAGUCAUUACAGUAAGAACCUGACAGAGCGGCUGCCCCAUGUGGAGGUGUAUGACACAGCGGAGGAGAGAGACAGCAGGUCUGGCGUGUGGACUGUCCCUAAGGGCUGCGCUCUCACCAGAGUCUAUGACAAGACCAGAGCCACAUCAGUGCGACAGUUCAGCGCUCCAGAAAACUCUGAGGGUAUCUCUCUUCCACUUGGCAACAUGAAAGAUUUCAUCAUCUCUUUUGACCUGAAGUUUGCAUCUAAUGGUAGCAUCUCUGUUGUCUUGGAGACAACAGAGAAAGGGCCUCCAUUCAUUAUCCACUAUAUCACCACUACACGGCUUAUUUUGUUCAAGGAUCGUGACAUCACCUAUGGCAUUGGCCCUCGGACUGCAUGGUCUAUGGUCACCCGUGACCUUCUCACUGACCUCCGCAAAGGCAUUGGCCUCUCCAACACCAAAGCGGUGAAAGCCACCAAGACCAUGCCUCGGCGUGUCGUAAAGAUAGUGCUACAUGGCCACGGAGCAAUAGACAACAUCACAAUCGCCACCACUUCACAUAUGACAGCCUUUUUUGCUGCCAGUGAUUGGUUGGUGCGCAACCAGGACGAGCGUGGUGGUUGGCCAAUCAUGGUGACUCGUAAAGUUGGUGAGGGUUUUCGUGCACUGGAGCCCGGUUGGUAUUCUGCCAUGGCACAAGGGCAGGCCAUGUCUACUUUAGUGCGUGCCUAUCUGAUGACAAAAGAUGACACGUACCUGAAGUCUGCCCUUCGUGCCACAGGACCUUUCAAACUGCCCUCAGAGCAGCACGGAGUCAAAGCUAUGUUCAUGAAUAAAUAUGACUGGUAUGAGGAAUAUCCCACAAUCCCUAGCUCCUUCGUACUGAAUGGGUUCAUCUAUUCCCUCAUAGGCCUGUAUGACCUGGCACAAACAGCGGGUGAGAAACUUGGUCGGGACGCAGGUCAGCUGUACAGCAAGGGGAUGGAGUCCCUUAAAGUGAUGUUGCCCCUGUACGAUACAGGGUCGGGAACCAUCUAUGAUCUGCGCCACUUUAUACUGGGCACAGCGCCCAAUCUGGCUCGCUGGGACUACCAUACAACGCACAUCAACCAGCUCCAGCUGCUGGGCUCUAUUGACAACUCUCCCAUCUUCAGGGAGUUCAUCAAGCGCUGGAAAAGUUACCUGAAAGGAGGGAAGGCCAAGCACAACUAGAGCACAGGAAGCCUCUAAAAUCUCUUCAAGCUCUCAAAUCCUCUUCAUGACUGCCGCCUUGAGGACCAGAGAGGCCAAGUGUAAAGCUGCUAGCCGCAAUCUGCUGCAGUUUCUAGCAAGGAGAAAAAAAAAAAAGACUGAACUCUCUAGUAGCCCUCUGAUUUUCUGUUUGAGACCAUAAUUGCAGUGCUUCUUGUGUCUGUGCUGAGGUUUUAAUUAGGAACAAACGCAGCUGCUUGCAGCAUGUGUCUGGAUGAGGAGGGGGAUACGCUUUGGUUAUUUAAUUAUCAGAGCUCCAGAUCUACAGGUUUGAGUGAGAGAGGCGUCUGCUGAGAUUUGCCACAUUUGGGCACACUUCAGUCAAAAAGAUGGAUCGCAAAACAGCUUUCAGGACCUUCUUCCAAAGUAAAGCUCAGAAAAUAAUUAAUCACCAGAUGGGCAAAAUCGUUCAAAAAUAAGCAGUUGAAAAGAUUGUAGAGAGCAAGGAAAAAGCUUAAGCUGCUGUAGAUUCAAGUUAUUUAAGUUCAUAGCCCAAUAGCAGAAUACUAAUACAUACAAGCUAUAGAAAAAAAAUGCUGAAAAUGUCCACAAGUGUAGCAUAAUUAUAUGUCAAAGAACAGUUAAGGUUUACUUAGUCAAUUUGACAUUGGAAUGAAACACGACACCUUUAGAUAAGGCCACACACUAUGAUUAAUUGUACAGCCUUCAGUCUGCAUAUCAUGGUCCUUUGCCCAGUCAAACCCUCACCACAAUCAGAUUGGGCUGUUAUUAAUGUGGUCCAGGCCUGCCCAUAAUGCACUUAAAGCUUUAGUGAGGUUAUAGGUCACUUGCUUAAUGCUUACAGCAAAUUUCAGGAAACAUAAAUGUAGUUCUUAAGAAGUACACCGUGACACCACUGUACUAGACUAAUAAAGGUGAGAUCAGCACAGUUCAGUUGCUUUGAGUAUUUUAAGGAACCCAAAAUGGUUUUGUAAGCCAUGGUGUUCGUUCCUGUAAUCAAGAUGUCAAACCUCAGUUGAAUUGUACCACAUAUAAACUAUUCAUGCACUUUACUUGUGUGGCAUGUGUGUGGUGAAGAUGCCUUUUUUAGAACCAUUUGUAAUUGAAUUACGAUUUCAAUUCUAACCAAUUCAUUAUUUCAUUUCUGCAUCUCGUGCUUUGAUGACAAUUAACCAUUUUUAAGGGAAUUUUCUGAUUCCAAGCACAUUGUAGCUAUACCCAUUUCCUCCCUUUACCAACAUGUUUUAUUAAACAAGCUGUUUUGAUUUAUACAUAUUAUUUUAGGACAACUGGACAACUGUAUAAUUUGAUUAAGGUAGUUUGGUGAAUUUCAACCUACAUAACUGAGUAGAUUGUCAAGCAAAAGAGUGAGAUGAUUUACUCUCACACUCAGUUGAAUGUCUUGUGUCUCAGCCAAGCAAAAGUGUCUCAAAAAAUGAAAUGUGGUUUUCAUGUAUUAAAAGCUAAAAUAGUCUCUACAUUUAUCAUUAAAAAGACAUUUGAUCUGCAUUUAACAGAAGAAUAUCUAUUUGGUAUUCCAAAAAUGUCUUCACACAUUGAAAAUCCCAUCCCUGACUAGUGCACCCAAGUGUUUUGAGUGCCUAGAGACUGUCAUAUUUUGAGUUUAGAAGUGUUUUUGGCCGUUUCACAGAGGGAUCUGCUACUUCACCUCAGCAGUAAAACCUCCACCUGGCUGAAUCCUGUCUGUUCAAAUCUCACCUAACCACAGCGGCUAAGAUGCAGAGAAACUCUCAUUAUCUGACAACCUGCUAUUCAGAACCAUCUUAAACAGAUGCUCACGUUCCAAUGUGGGCUUUUGGCUUUAGAUAUUAAUAAAUGGCAAGCAGUCAGAGUUGAAAAAAUUUGACAUUUAUAAAUGUUUGACUUCAAAGCAACUGGUUGGUUGAUGUUUGUUUGGUAGAGAUAGCAUUUAGAGACUGUCAGCUAUUCUCAGUGCUUUAGCCCUGAGGAAUAUCUCUGUGUUAACCCAUUUUCAGUUUAAAAAUCUUUUGUUUUCCCAUGAAAACUAGGUUGCUGCUAGUUUUCACUGACACUGAUCUCACAAAUAAUACUAUGCACAUUUCAUACUUGUCACUUAAUAGGUGGACAAAAGUAUGUUACAAGGGAAAAUGGCAUUACCAUGAGUCACUGUAGAAAGCCUACAUUUUGUUUAUACCAAAGUCUUUAAAGUCAUUUUUUCCCCCCAGUUUUGUUUCUGUAUUGUUGUAUAUGGAAGACAAUGGAGUAUUUGUGUUGGUAUUUCUUUUUGGAAAAGGUGAUUGACAGAAUGUUUUUGGGUAGUAUAUAUGCCUUCCUCCGAGGAAAUGCCUUUUGAUACUGUUAUUUUUUCAGACUAAGAUUUCUAUAAUAUAACGUGUAGAGAAGUGAACAGGGAAUACUAUUGAUUGCCACUAUCAAUGGGGAUGUGUGCAACUCUUUAUAUAGAGCAAGCGCUCAGUGCUAGAUAUAGAUAGGGUGCUAGAUAGGGAAAAGUGAGACUCGGAACAGCAGAUCUGUUCUUGGAAGCCUUGUUUCAAAGCAGAGUUGGGUUUUAACAAACCUUGUUGUUUGCUUUGAGUGAACUCCUUGGAGUAAGCAACAUUAAAGCACAACUAUAGUUUUAGUUAAUUUAUUCUCAUCUUUUGUUGUUGUUUCAAUAAUAUUUCUCCUCUGGACAAUGUGCAAAGCCUUCCUCUGAAAGCUGCUGCAGUUUAGAAUUGUGAAACUGUAGAGUUGUGGAUGAUCACCCCUUCCCAAUUUUUUGUUUUUUGUUUCAAUGUUCUUUUCCAUGAAUGGGUUUUUGACAUGAGUUGUGUUUCAUGUGUAUGCAAUAAAUGGCUGAACUCGAUCGCAACAGCUGCACGCCCAGAGCUUGUACAGACUUUACAGUGGAAGCACAAUGUGCACAUGCGAUCAUUUGUAUGCAGGACAAAUGUUUAUUAAAGUCUUUGUGCUUUAAAUUGUUUUUUAAAAUCUAUAAAUAAAUGCAUUUCUUUUUAUA